AUGUACGCAUCCUCGUUCACACAGCAAGCUAAGGUGGUAACGUACCAUGAACUAGCUAAACUUGUGGGCCAACUCGAGUCACAACCAGAGCAAUACAUCAAGGCCCAGCGGAAGCGAAUACGGGAGGAGAACGCCAAUAGUUUCUUUGCGCGUGGAAGCCCUCCUGCGCUUGAUAAUGCCACAGAUCUGAGCCUCCGGGCCGCUCUCUCGCCAAUAUUCGAGUCUUUGGACAAGGCCCGCAAAGACUCGCGACACACUGCCGAGGACGAGGCUUCGCCCGCUGCCGUUGAGGAAUUGAUAGCUAAAUCCACACACACCAGCGCCAACCCUGGGUCAACUAACUAUACUCUGGUAUCAGCAAACCAGAGGCCUGUGUAUAGGGGAAGCACCCAGAGCAGUGACAAGCCUGUACCAACGGGUAUUACUCGGAAUUCAGCGAAGCACAUGCCGGUACCACCGCGAACCGCCAACAAAGACAAAGCACCCUCCGACAGCACAGGCGUACGGAAAAAUUAUAGUGGGGUCUCGGCCAAGCGUGUGCCUGUGAAUAGAGCAUACACACAUACGGGCAACGUUCCCAUACCAACUGACAGUACUCAUGUAUCAUCUAUUAGCCGGCCACCCGCACGCAACGCACCACCAAUAUCAAUGUAUCCAACAGUCUCGCCUGUAGACAAGAGAGAUGCAGGCAUGCGUAGUACACCCACCCUGUUCCCUAGUAUAAGUAAUCCGGGCUCGGACGACACUAGGCCCAAUGCCCACGCCCACGCCCACGCCCACGCCCACGCCGAUAGCGCUCCAACCAACUCCUAUGCGCAACGCAAACAGAGCCAUACACGUUCCCAGCAGCCCGAGGGGUAUACCAACAGUACUACCAACGCACCCACCAUGGGUGUGUAUGGUGGGUUGCUAGAGGAUAAAUAUGCGAAUGCGUAUCACGCAGUCAGUAUCAAAGACCAUGCCACGACACAGGCGCACAGCGGAGGGCUUAGCAAAGCCGACGACAGUCUGAUGCUGCGACGGUAUGCACAGUAUCGCAAGCAGAGACAGGCGCAGGGAGACACAGGGGUGGGUGCGAUGGAGUUGGGUACGGAUAUAGGUGGACUCGGUACGGGGGAAAUUGGCCUGGGUUCGGAUACGAAUGCACCAGGGACGGGUAGAAAGGGCUUGAGUGGGAAGGCAGGUACGGUGCAGACAAUGGCGCAGGACCGUGCACCUGGUGUAGGGCUGUAUGGAAAUAGUGCUGUAACAGGACAGAGGGCCCUGCAAACGCACCCGACCGCGCAAAUGACUGGGAUAACAACAGGAGGCCACGGGAGAGAGACAGCGGGCCUUGCAAGGGAGCCAGUAGCUGUGAUGGGAGGUGUAGGUGUUAGGGAGAUGGAGACAGAUAAGGAUGAGGAGAAUGACGGGGAGAAUGAUUCUGAGCUGGAUGAGUUGGAGAUGACCAAGGAGGAGAAGCAACUGACGGACGAGGCUGAGGCUCUGCUUGCGUCGGCUGAGCGGCUUCUGUCUGGUAGCAGAGGUGCACAGGGCACCGGCACACGCCCACGCACGGCUGUGUCGGUGGGUGUACACAGAGACGACCGUGUCGAUGGGGCACGUGAGAAGACUGGGCUGUGCACCGCACGUGAGACUGCCCAGACAAGCUCGACUGCGCCGCUUGAGAGGUCUGUGGGUGUGAACGGACGUGCACCUGUUUCUGCACCUGAGAGGGCCGGGACAAACCCGAUUAUAUCGCAUGACAAGCUAGCCGGUGCACCUGGGCCUGUCCGUGGUUGUGGUAACGAGAACGGUGUCACAAGGGCUGCUACGUGUGACGGUGUAGGCGCGCUCAACAGUAACCCUGUGAGUGUACAGCAAGGCAACUGUGAUUCACUACCAGGAAGUGCUCCUGUGAGUGUGGGCGAAGGCUCGUGCAGGAAACAGCCAGCACAUGAAGAGGCUGUGCGGGUACACAACCCAGCUGUCGAGACAAUAAGUAGCAGCACAGGCAUAGGUGCAAAGGAGGCCAAGUGGACAAAUCAGGGGCAUCAGAAAGCAAUAUCCAGCCCCCGAAGCAGUUUGACUGUGGACGAUGCGAGCCUAAUCAAGCACGCUAAAAGGACUGGCACAUGCACAGACAGUGGGAGCGACAGGAGGAGCGUGUACACACACCCAGAGAAGGAGAGUGGUAGCCAGAGUGCGUGUUCCAACCCAGGCAGAAGUAGUGGCUAUCACAGCGAGAGAGAUGGGGUGGACGAGGCUGUAGAGGAGGCACGGGUGCAGCAGAUAGUCGAUCAAGCGGUCAACAUGCUGUCUCUGGCGGAGCACUCCUUACUCAGUGCUAAAAAUAGACGGAGCUCGGAGACUAAAAAUAGAACAGGCGCCGAGACGGGGCCUGUGCCUGCGAAGAGACCGUCGUUUGAUGUGUCGAUUCUGGUGACGCCGGCUGAGGAAAUGGAGAGUGAGGGAAUCAAUCGAACUAGUCAGCAGAUGAGCGCUCAGAAUAUUGGGCAGUGUGUGGAUAGAGAUGACGGAGAUACGCCCAGAAACAAACAGAACGCGAGUGUUCUUGAUGUACGGGCGGGUGUGGGUAUGGAUGGUGUGGAUGUGCACAACCGCAGACAAGAAAUGGGGGCUCGGAAGGUGGGCGAGGGGUUGGUAAGAGAUGGCGCCUCUGUAUGCGGAGGGGAAUACAGGGCCGGCACGCUGGGCGGUGUAGGUGUGUACACCUCCUGGACUAGACAGGACAGGCUUACUAACACUCAGCGGUUUCAUAGUACCACCACAACACAUCAAUCCUACAGGCACAGUGGUAGUACAGAACGACAAAGCGGUAGCUCCACCAGCAAAGUACGACAAUCCGACAAUACCGUGUCGUACAUUCGGGUGACCGCGGGGAGAGAGAGUGCUAGUGGUAUAACAUCGCACGGUGAUGGUGCUGAGAAACCGGCACAGAAAGGACUGACACAGCCAGGUGCAGAAACAGGUAGUGCUGAGAAGCAGAUAGGAACAGGGGGCAUGGGUGGCCACACACUCAGUCGAGCUGUGGGCCCAACGAACCAGCGGUUGCCAGAGACCGCAACAUCAACACAGGAAGUAGUCCGUGCGACAACAACCCAGCCUGUUCACACAACCAAUAAAACUUACACCACAGGCCAGGGGUUGCAUUGCCGGGCAAGUGAGGUUCAAGCUAAGGCGACUGUGCAUGUGGGGGUGGAUAUGGUAGCUGCCGAAGGUCCGAUGGAGGUCGAUGUCAGGGCAUGUGACCAGGACAGGCCAAGUCAGACAUCUAUACCGCCAGCAGCUGGCUCGGGAUCAGAGAUCAGGGCAGCACCUGAUAUGGCUAACACCAGCCUAACGGACCUGGAGGAGUCGUUCAAUCGGAUGCUGGAUUCCUACAGAUCUCCGAUUAUUGAGACAGGACAACCGAAACAGGCCAGAGACGAAGCGCGAUGUUUGGACAAAGAUGAACCAAAAAAUAUUGUCGGAAGACCCGGACCUGUGACCCAAAAACCGGAAUCUGGGGGCAGUCAGUCGGUUAGUAGGAGUGACCGACCCACGCCCAUGAGUAUCGGACAGACACCGAAAGACGCACAGCCAGGGCCGCACUCGGCUGCGCCAGACACACACGUACACACACACGCACACACGAACGGUACACAUGGGUAUAGCUCAGUAUCACCAGUAGGUGGGAACCUGGCAGUAAGACCAGGACAGCACUCGACUAUGGACGCACAGAGCGAGAGUCGUAUAAAGAAGUCUACGCCACACCAUCGUGUGGGUGUGCUGAUGUAUUCGAACGGAGGCACCGAGCUAGUGCGUGCGCAUGCAGCAGAUACACACACGAGCACACUCAGAAGUGAACGGGUUAGCGUCCAGGGGGCAGUCCCAACCAGGGCGCCUCAGGUGCAUGGUUUAGGUGCACGUGGCCAUUUACCAGACACUCAAAUACUGUAUCGUGAACAGAAGGGACUUCAGCAAGUCCGUAGGGAUGACUUGGAUCUCCCUACCCAGUCUACGGACGAGAAGUGGAAUGGGGUUGGGGACAAAGCGGGAGCGGGCGGUGCAAAGAAAGUCCCCGAAGCUGCUGCCAGGGCUAGAGCUUUGGAAGGGGCUGACUUGUCGGCUCAAACACAGGGCUCGCGCACGGAUACGGCUACAGUGCAUGUACAGGUAACAGCUGACGAACCCGAGAAGUAUGAUGAUAGUGUGAAUAUGAGAGUGUUCAAGGCGCCUCCCUCACUUGCUAUGGACACACGCACACGUGCGACAGGAAACACACACCCGUACAUAGGUGGUGCUACUACUAGCACACAAUAUCCAUGGUUGAGACCAUCGGCCAAUCAUAAUGCCGGGGUUGUAUCACUGCCCGUUCAGAUUGCAGCAUUGGCAUCCGAAGAGUGUAUAGCAUUGCCCAACCAACAUGCCAGGUCGACGGCCUCCACCAAUCGGAUCGCAGGAUACGAGUCACUGGCCAGACUGAUUACGGGCAAAAUCACCGCCCAUGGUAAUGAUCCGUUGCGUUGUACAGGAGCCGAAUCAAGUAGCAUUGUAACCAUGACAACUGUAGUUGACAAAAAGAAGGAGACACAGAAGCAGAAGAUUUGGGCGGUAGAUGCACUCAACGCCACGAGUGCUCGUACAGACUCCAGUAUGGCCAGCGAGAAUCAGAGAACGGUGUGUGUGGGUAAUGGGCCGGAACAAGCGGAGCACAGGGAGAGGGACAUGGCUGAUGAGAUUGGUACUGAGACAAGUGCUAGUGUGACAGGUGGAAACGGGGGUACCGUGCACGUAGGUGGUGGGGCAGAGCGGGAGAGUAGUCGUAGUUUAGGUACACCCACAGCCACUGGUACACCCAAUGAACACCGAAUUUGUGGAACGGGCCAAAGAGAGGAUAGCACCGUGUACCUAAAUUAUGGAACUGACCAGAAAAAGGACCGGACCACUCCCCGGCGAAAACAGGUGAGGUCCAGCGGUAAAGCAACAAGGAAAAGUAGAAGACUGUCUGGAAUUGCGCCUAUGAGUGAGGCGGAAGUCAUACGCCGAUACGACACUACACCACAGAAAUCGGACAGAUACGCCCCCACGCCAAAGAAAUCGGACACAAGGUCGGAUAAAGCCAGUGGAAUGUCAACUCGCUCCGGUCUGAAGAAGGGCUUGCGGAGCAGCAAGAAGAAGGGCACACCCAAAACUGCAGGAACAAGUAUCCAACGCAGCAAAUCCGCAAAGAGAGGUACAAACACCUCAGACAGCACACCCCGCAUUACAAGGUCUGCGGCAAAGGCUAUGCUCAGCAUGUACGGUGGCACGGGGGAUGGGGACACAUACGUGAACGAUUCGCAGGACGAUCUCAACUGUACCGUGAUGCAGUAUCCGUCCGUCUCUGCCAGGAAGAAGGCGAGUGUAACCGAGCUUAAGAAGGGUCUGUACAGUGAUGCCAAUGUUCCUGGGAAUGUACAGGACAAGCCCUUGAUACGGCAACGGGGUGGGGUGAAUGAGGAAUUCGGACAUCCGCCUCACCUUGAGGGGCAAAAUGUGGGCCAGAGCGAUAGUGGUCGAAUGGGUGCAGCACCGAAGGUGGACUAUGGGAACCGAGGUGGCCCGAUCACUCGAACCAAAUUUAUUUCUCCGGGUGUAGUGGCGGACAAAAUGCACAUCGAGAACAGUACCAAUGUUGGGGGUGAGCUGCGGGGUAGCGGAGACACACUUCGGAACAUUUGCGGCGAGGAUGUGCAUGCAUCGGACAACGAAUACGUGCGUGUAAGCACAGCGCCUGUGCUUGGCAGAAGAGAGUUGAAUGUGAGAGUAAGUCCCCGGAACGACGUAGCACUGCAGAAGAAGGUGUCGGCUGAGAAUCUAAUGGCUCUGAUUGGGCGCAAGCUAACGGGCGAGCGCGCGGAGAUGAGCCAACAAGGUGUACCUAUGCCGGGUAAGGCUAAGGCAGGUAUAUCUAAGCAAGGUAUGGUGGGGGACGGUCCAAGUCCGCGGGGUGCGUACUUUGACCAGGAAGGGCACUUUGACGCGCAUAGUACCAGCGCCAAAGGGGCAAACGAUAGUGUGGGGCAUACGGGUAUGUAUAAAGAUGUACCUACGCGGAGAUAUAACGCAAACGGAUCAGAGAAAGAGAACAUGUGAUCGUUUAGCUCUGCUGUGACGAAAACAAACACUCAGUGGAAUGGUGCGAGAAAUCGAAAAAUAAUUUGAAACCAAAAACCACCGCGCCACAAAGGCAAUCCUAGAUCGAACAUUGUAAUUUUGGGUGUAGCCUGUUGUCCAAUUCAGGUCAAGUAACCACCCACUAAGAGUCUCACACAAACAUUAAACUCAUAAUUGAUUCUUGUACACCAUCUGGAAAGUCUGUGCUUGCCUUUAUACUUUGCUCGCCGUCCUGCUACUGGUGUAUCGCCUUCGCCCGCUGUCGCUACUACACGCACUAGCGCUGCUAUCCGAAUGGGAGACCUCGUCCUCUGAGUCUAUCUCCCCCCCACUCACCACACCCAGCCUUACGCGCGGUUUUCUACUGCGUUUACUGGGGGUAGGCACUCUAGUACUUUUGGGGGUCUCCUUUGGCUCGGACUGUGCAGCUGGAUGCGAUAUCUCCACAUCCGGUAAACUGGUUGGGGUGUAGGUAUCUGUUCUAUUAUUAGCCUCUUCGCAACCCCCCUCUGCACUGUUCUCGUCAGCCAUACCUACCUCGUCCAUCCCCCUACCUCCGCUCUCCUCAGUCCACGACGGUAUCGACUCCACCGCCGAAAGCUCCCCACCCGAGCCCGGCUUCACCACACUCAUCGCCGUAAACCGCUUGUUGCAGCCCAGACACUUCCUGCUUGCCUUCUCUCUCUCUCUCCUCUCCCGAUCCAUGCGUUUGCACUCAUCUGCGCUGUACACUGCCCUCUUGAGUGCCGUGGCCGAGGGACGGCGUGCUGCUGUGCGUGGCUGGUAUUCGCCUGGCAGUAGUUCGUAGGCGCGUGUCAGU